GCGCUUUCACAGGAAGGGAAGUGACAGAAAUCACGGGAUCAAUUUGGUACUGUUUGGAUCCAAACCUUGUGGAGAAGUAGACGCACCUUAUUGCACUAUGGUGUUCGAAUCUUUGGUCAGUGAUCUUUUAAACAGGUUCAUCGGCGAUUAUGUUGAAAACCUUGACAAGUCGCAGCUUAAAAUCGGCAUUUGGGGAGGUAAUGUGGUGCUUGAAAACCUCAGAGUGAAAGAGAAUGCUUUGAGUGAGCUGGAUGCACCAUUUAAAGUGAAAGCUGGGCAAGUUGGUAAGCUAACUCUAAAAAUUCCCUGGAAGAAUCUCUACAGUGAAGCAGUGGUUGCUACCUUAGACGGUCUGUACCUCCUUGUAGUUCCUGGAGCAACUGUUCAGUAUGAUGCAGUUAAAGAGGAGUGCUACCUGCAGGAGGCUAAACAAAAGGAGCUUCAGCGCAUUGAGGAGGCCUUGCAGCAGGUUUUACGUCAAGACUCUCAGAUGGGAGAGUUUGUGUUUAAUCUGGAGAGUUAUGUGUAUAAGGAUGCACAUGAUAAAGGACGUAAACAUAAAAAGCAUAAAAAAGGCUUUAGGAUGUCUAAAAAGCUUGAUCACAAACCAGAGAAACAUCAAGAAGAGAAGAAAGAUACAUUUGCUGAAAAACUGGCCACACAAAUUAUUAAAAAUCUUCAGGUUAAGAUUACCAACAUUCACAUCAGAUAUGAGGAUGAUUUAUCAGACCCUCAAAGGCCUCUCUCCAUGGGUGUGACUUUGUCUGAACUCAGCCUACAGACAGCGGAUGAGAACUGGAAGACUUGCAUUUUAAAUGAAGCUGCCAAAAUCUUCUACAAGCUGGGCUGUUUGGAGUGUCUUUGUGCCUACUGGAAUGUGAACAGCCCAAUAUUCUACAGAGACUCCUGGGAUGAAAUACUGGAUAAGCUGAAAGCAGGAAUCAGCACCAAAGAUAAAGAACUGGAUGGCUACCAGUAUAUUUUUAAACCCAUCUUUGCCUCUGCCAAGAUGUGCAUCAACCCAAAUGCUGAGGUUGAGCUGAAGUCACCCAAAGCAAAGGUGCACCUGGAAGUGCAGAACAUUGCUAUUGAAAUAACCAGGCCACAAUACUUAUCUAUGAUCGAGCUGUUGGAGUCCAUAGACUGUAUGGUUAAAAAUGGUCCCUAUAGGAAGUUUCGACCAGAUGUCCCUGUCCAUAAACAUGUCAAGCAGUGGUGGAUGUAUGGCAUCAACAGUGUUUUGGAGGUGCACAUCAAACGCUUUAACCAAAUGUGGAGCUGGCCUCAUAUCCUAAAACACAGACAGACACUGAAAGCCUACAAGGCAGCAUACAAAGCCAAGCUGACUCAGGGCAAAAUCAGAGAAGACACAGAGAAACAGAUCCUGGAACUGGAGAAACUUUUAGAUGUAUUCAAUAUCACAUUGGCCAGACAGCAAGCUCAGAUGGAGGUGGUUCGGUCUGGUCAGAAGCUUGUUGCCAAAAAAGCAGCACAAAAGCAGACUGGAGGAGGAUUCUUUGGUGGUUUUUUUGGAAGGAAAGAAGGGAAAAAGAAAGAACUAGAAGAUGAGGUUAAAGAGUCAGAACGCAUUGAUACUAUCCUGACCACUGAAGAGAAAACCAAGUUGUACACAGCCAUCGGCUACAGUGAAAGCUCUCACAGCCUGGCUUUACCCAAAAAUUAUGUAGCAAUAAUCAUCAACUUUAAGCUCCUACGGACAUCAGUGACAGUACGUGAGGAAGCAAAUGUUCCUGAAAUUCUCAAAGUGCAAAUGAUUGACCUCAGCACCACUGUCUCCCAAAGACCAGGAGCACAGGCUUUAAAAUUGGAGGCCAGUUUGGAGCAUUGGUAUGUCACAGGAUUGCAGCAGCAGGGCAUUGUACCAUCUCUUAUAUCUACUGUGGGAGACCUGGACUCUUCUUUGCUCAGUGUGCUGUUCGAGCUAAACCCAGAGGAAAGCACUGCAGAUCAGCUGCUUCGAAUACACUCUCAACCUGUAGAGAUCAUCUAUGAUGCUCUAACUGUAAACAGCUUGAUAGAGUUCUUUAAGGCGGGGAAGGGUGUGGACCUGGAGGUGAUCACUUUAGCUACACUAAGCAAACUGGAGGAAAUAAAGGAGAAGACAGCCAGUGGCUUAUCUCAUAUUAUAGAGACACACAAGGUUCUGGAUCUGAGGAUUGAUUUGAAACCCUCCUAUCUGCUUGUGCCGAAGUCUGGCUUCUAUCAUGGCAACUCAGAUCUCAUGAUAAUAGAUUUUGGUUGCUUGCAAUUAAACACUAUUAACCAGGGCAGCCAUGAGCAGGCUGCAAGUUUCUCCUCCCUGGAGGAGAUCAUGGACAGGGCAUAUGAGAAAUUCUCUUUGGAACUACGUAGUGUUCAAGUACUCUACAGCAAAUCAGGUGAGGAGUGGAAGAGUGCUCGGCUAAAGGGUUCAUCCAGGCAGCAUGUGCUGCAGCCCAUGAACUUCACACUGCAGCUUGCCAAAUGUAUGGUCGAGAAAGACAUACGCAUGCCAAGAUUUAAGGUGUUUGGGGAACUGCCAUUGGUGCAUGUGAAAAUAUCUGAUCAAAAAAUCCAAGGACUUUUGAAGCUGCUUUACAGUAUUCCCCUACCCAGCAUUGCAUCUACACCUCCAUCUACCCCCAAAGAGAAGGUGUUGCAGAUGCCAUUAGCAGACAGAAGGCCAAGGGUGCUGAGUAUAGAUCCGUCAGAACUGCCCUGCACUGUAAUAUCAGACUCUGAGGAAGACACUAGUGAAAGGUCUUUCAGUAAGGAAGCUCAGAGAUCAGCGUGGGAAGAAUUGAUCGAUAUUCAUUUUAAAUUUGAAGUUAAAACAGUGCUGUUAGAGCUCAUGUAUCAGGAGGGUCAGGAAGACACUGUGUUGGCUCUGAAUAUUUCAGAAUUGGGUACUGAAGGCAAGAUGAGGACAUAUGACCUCACCAUUACCUCUUAUCUGCGCAAGAUCAGACUGGAUUACUGUGAGAUUAAAGAUUCUAAUAAUCAGCCAUUACAUCUAAUAACUUCAUCAGACAAACAUGGAUCCGAUCUGCUGAAAGUGGAGUAUCUCAAGGCUGAUGUAAAUGGGCCCAGUUUCCAAAGCCUUUUUGACAACACAGAGCAGACACUGAAGAUAGAGUUUUCCUCACUGGAAUUUCUGUUGCACACAAAAGCUCUGCUGUCCACCAUUAACUACUUUAAUGCAGUUGUACCUCAGGAGCUCACAGCUAAUGAAGAGAGAGAGACCAAGAGAGCAGCUAAUAGAACUGCAGCAGAGAAGACUGUAAUUAAAGGUUCAAAGGAUUCUGGCAUAGUAAGCUUCAAGUUAUUUGCAAUGCUGGGCUCUUUUGGUGUGUUCAUCACUGAUGACAGAAGCAACAUUGCAGACAUUCGAAUUCAAGGAAUUGAUUUAUCUAUGGUGAUCCAGGCCAAAGAGACAGAGGUGUUUGCCCGUCUGCGAGACAUUGUAGUGCUAGAUGUGGAUCCAAAAACAGUUCACAAAAAGGUGGUGUCUAUUGUGGGUGAAGAGGUGUUUAGCUUCAAGAUAAGUCUUUAUCCAGAAGCCAUGGAGAAGGGGGGUUACACUGAUACCUCAAAAGUGGACAGUAAAGUCAUCCUAAGAUUAGGCUGCAUCAAAAUUGUCUACCUUCACAAGUUCAUCAUAUCUCUUCUGACCUUUGUGGAUAACUUCCAGACAGCCAAGGAGGCAUUAAGUGUGGCUACGGCACAGGCAGCAGAAAAAGCAGCCUCCAGUGUAAAGGAUUUUGCUGAAAAGAGUUUUAGACUUUCCAUGGACAUCAAACUCAAGGCCCCACUUAUUGUCAUACCAGAGUCCUCCACAUCCUACAAUGCUUUUGUGGUUGACCUGGGUCUUAUCACAGUCAGCAACAGCUUUUCUUUGACACCAGCUGAGGGAUUUUCUUUUCCAGCUGUAGUGGAGACCAUGGAUGUAAAGCUCACCCACCUUAAAUUAUUAAGGACAGUUUUAAAGGAUGACGCACCACAACCAGACUUUGAAAUUCUGCAACCCAUUAACUUGGAGCUGUUUGUUAAACGAAACCUGGCUGCAUCCUGGUUCACAAAGAUCCCUGGUUUAGAAGUCAAGGGAGUGUUAAAAUCUGUGAAUAUUAUUCUUGGUCAGGACGACUGUUGUGUUCUGAUGAACAUCCUAGGAGAAAACAUUGGAGAAGGUAGCAAAUCGUCAGACAGAACCUCUGACAGAAAUAAACCUGGAAUUAAAGAUAAACCUGAAACAAAUGCAGACCCCAAAUGGGCACUUUCUGUAAAGACAGGAAGCCAGCCAGCUAUUACCAGUGAAAACAUAAGUGAAAAUGUUGCCACUGCUCUCCUUAACUUUGAGAUCAUGGAGGUUUUGCUUACAUUAAAAAAGCCAAAGUAUGGGACUGAGUCUCCCUUUUUGGUCCUGCAUGCAGCUCAGCUUGGAAUUGACACCACAGUGCACAAAUAUGAUAUGCUGGCCACCAUGUAUAUAAAGAGCAUAUCAGUAAAGUGCUUAGAAUUUCCAGAUGCUUAUGGAGAACCUUUUUGCAUUCUCAAUUCUUCAGCUAAACAAGAAGCUGACCUUCUUAAAGUGGAGUAUUUCAAUGCUGAUUGUAAUGGACCCAAUUUUGCUGCUGAUUUUGAGAACACAAAACAGAGAAUAAAUGUUAUGUUCUCAUCCCUGGACUGGAUGCUGCAUACAGAGGCUUUCCUUUCUUUCAUGGACUUUAUUUCUGCUGCGCUGUCCUCUAGCAGCUUUUCCUCACCUGAGAGAGAGAGCAAGCGUGUUGAAGAGACAAAAGCUAUCUCUUCCAAAUCCACUGCAAGUUCCCCUUCUGAGGAAGACAUCGUUGAUAUAAAGAUCCAGAUGCAGCUUGGGGCGUUGAACGUGCUGCUGUGUGAUCAGCACUGCAACAUAGCUGACAUUAAGAUUCAGGGUCUGCAUGGCUCUCUCCUGAUGCACAGGAACCAAACACAUAUGUCUGCCAGCCUGCAGAACUUUCUCAUUAUUAAUGUGGAUCCCAAAACCAUUCACAAGAAGGCUGUCUCUAUAGUGGGUGAUGAGGUGUUUAGCUUUAAUAUGAGUCUGACUCCCAAAGCCACAGAAGGAGAUGGUUACACAGACACAUCAAAGGUGGACAGCAAGGUCAAGCUUAAUGUUGGCUGCAUUCAAGUGGUCUAUCUGCACAAGUUUGUCAUGUCAUUGUUGAACUUCAGUAAUAACUUCCAGACUGCUAAAGAGGCCUUAAGUGUGGCAACAGUACAGGCAGCAGAGAAAGCAGCCUCCAGUGUGAAGGAUUUAGCUCAAAAGAGUUUUAGACUUUCCAUGGAUAUCAUGCUGAAGGCCCCACUCAUCAUCAUCCCUCAGUCCUCCACAUCAAGUAAUGCUUUAGAGGCUGACCUUGGUCUCCUUACUGUGAGCAACAGUUUUUCUCUGAAACAAGUGGAGAACUGUCCACUACCUGCUGUCAUAGAUAAUAUGGACUUGGAGCUAACCCAGCUUAAACUGUCAAGAAUCUCGAUGAAGGAAGAUGAAAUGUCUGGGUCUAGGCUUCUGCAGCCAGUAAACCUAGUCCUGUCAGUCAAACGAAAUCUGGCUGCUUCCUGGUUCCAGGACAUGGCUGCUCUGGAGGUGGAUGGAGAUCUGAAGCCAAUGCAGGUAGCUUUAAGUCAGGAUGACUUGUCUGUGCUGUUAAAAAUUUUAAUGGAGAACUUUGGAGAGGCCCAGAACAUUCAGCCAUACAAGAGCUCAGAUAUAGCAAUGAAACAGGCAACGGUGCCCACCAGACCUCCCACACAAACUGUCUCUCAAAGUGGAGGAGGAAGAGAUCCAGUAUGCAAAUCCAAAGAGGCUGAAUUGAGAGAGAGUAUUAAAUUCCAAUUGAACGUUGAAUCACUGGGCCUGGUACUGUACAAUGAUGAUUUGACACAGCCUGGUGUGCAUCAGGACAGCUUGUGUCUAGGAGAGUUUAUGUUACAUAAGAUAAAGGCCUCUGGCAGGAUGUUUAAUGAUGGCAGUCUUGAGGUCCGUACCAACCUCACCACCUGUAACUUGGAUGACCGAAGAAGCCACGUUGAAAGAGUCACAUCCAGAAUGCUGGGAAAACAGAAUGGUGAGAUCUCAGAUGCCAUGAUUGAUAUGACUUACUCGCAGAGCGAGGACGAACGCUCUGUGGUAGCUGUGCUGCAGAAUCUCUAUCUCUGUGCCAGCGUGGAGUUCCUCAUGGCUGUGGCUGACUUUUUUGUCCAGGCUCUGCCCCAAACUCCACCUCUUGCAUCAGACAAGCCCAGUCCACUUCCUUUCAAACAGAUCUCAGAGCCAAGGAGCCAAGGCGAGCGAAGAGCAGGUCCAAGGACCACACUGCGGGCCGUUGUGGUGGACCCAGAGGUGGUGUUUGUGGCAAAUCUGAAAAAGGCAGAUGCUCCUGCAUUAGUGGCUUCAUUCCAGUGUGAUUUUACCCUGCAAUCUGAAGAGGCAGCUCAGGUUAUGAAGAUCAACCUUGGGGGUCUCAAAGUUCUUGCCUGCCCCUUUAUCAGGAACAAGGACAGCAAUGCUGUUACCACUGUGCUGAGGCCAUGUUCUGUUGUUCUGGAAACUAGAAAACCAGCUGAUGCUCCCAUGAAAGGCUCUGUAAUUGUUGAAGAAGUCAUUGUAAAAAUUUCCCCCAUCAUCCUUAACACAGUGUUGACCAUCACAGCUGCUAUGACACCGAAGCUUAUGGAGGAAUCGCUUAGUCAGGAUGCUGUUGAGCUCAGCACACUGUGGGAUGUAAAAAGCAUCUACUCCUGUAAUUACUGGUUCCUGGAUGUCGAGACUGCGGCUGAGGUGACUGAGAGUUUUACUGAGGUGCAUAACAGCAAUGAGGGCGAGACAUUCAGAGCUGAAGUGAAGGUGGUGCAGGUGACGCUGGAGUCUGGGCUUAGCCACCACACUGUCCCACUUCUGCUGGCUGAGUCUUCCUUUACUGGCUGUGCACGGAACUGGUCAUCACUGCUAAGUGUAUCUGCAGAUAUGACACUGGAGGUGAACUAUUUUAAUGAGACUCAUGCUGUUUGGGAGCCCCUAAUAGAGAGAGUUGAAAAUGGGACCCGCAGAUGGAAACUUGGAAUAGAGAUAAAGAAUAACCCUGCUCGAGAUAAGAGCCCUGUUCCUGUUGAGGAUUUCUUAGUGCUGCCUGAGCCUUGCACAGCCAUUAACAUCUGCUCUAAGGACACCAUGAACAUCACAUUGUCUAAAUGCUGCCUAAAUGUCUUCCACAAGCUUGCCCAGGCUUUUUCAGAGGGAACUGUCUCCACCUUUGAUUACAGUCUGAAAGAAAAAGCUCCAUUUACUAUCCGAAACUCCUUGGGUAUCCCGCUUAUUGUCCAGCAUAGUGCUAACUUGCGUGUAGCGGACUCGCCUACUCGAGGCAAAGUACAUAAGGUGGGGGUAGACAACUCUGUGGAAUUGCAGUAUUCCAUUUUUGAAUCUUCAACACGAGGAAAACUGUCAACGCUGCAAAGACAGGAGAGCUGCUUUUUUAAUAUUAGCAUAGUGCCCACAGGAUACAGUGAGAUCUCCAACAUCCCUGUUGACAAACCAGGUCGGCGACUCUAUAACGUGCGCAAGCCUGUUCAUCAGUCAUCUGUGUCUGUGCUGCUUCAGAUUGAUGCAUCUGAGGGCAACAAAGUCAUUACUGUGCGAUCUCCAUUACAGAUUAAAAAUCAUUUCUCAGUGCCUUUUGCCAUUUUGAAGUACUGCCCUGAGCUGGAAGGACUGGUAAAUGUUGGGGUUGCUGAACCAGAGAAAGAGUCAGAUGUCACUCUGGACUCUUACAGAUGUCAGUUGUUUUUGCUGCCUACCGGUCCUUUGGAGGGGCAGUAUCAUGAAUCAACCACCUGCCUUGCGUGGAAGGAGCAGGUUCACUUAAGUUCAGAAGUGCGUUCUGUGCUGCAGUGCCCAGCGCAUGAUAGCAGCUUCCUGCCAUUAGUCAUCAACACAGUAGCAGUGCCAGAUGACCUCUGUCAUAUUGCCAGUCAUGGUGAGGAGGACUGGGACCCCGCUUAUAUAAUCCACCUCUACCCAACAGUUGUUCUACGAAACCUACUUCCCUACAGCAUACGUUAUUUGAUGGAGGGUUCAGCAGAGUUCUAUGAGCUCCAGGAGGGCAACACAGCUGAUUUAUUAAACGCAUGCAUCAUGGGCGAGAUCAUGGAGUUUGUGCUAGUGAAGUACCAAGGUCGCAACUGGAACAGCCAUGUUAAAAUCAGCCAGGACAUGUCUGAGUUGUUCCCUGUAUGUUUUACCAGCGACAGUGCUGAGAAGCUUACUGUGGACAUUUGUGUCCAUGUGGGCCGUGUGGCUGGUCGGUUUAUUGUUUCCAUCUUCAGUCCAUACUGGAUUAUAAACAAAACAUCCCGUGUGCUGCAGUACCGGGCUGAAGACACCUAUGUGAAACACCCAUCUGACUUUCGAGAUGUGAUCCUGUUCUCCUUUAAAAAGAAAAACUUCUUCAGCAAAAACAAACUGCAGCUUUGUGUGUCCACCAGCUCCUGGUCAGAUGGCUUCUCUCUGGAUACAGUGGGUAGUUAUGGAUGUGUUCGCUGCCACGAUAAAAACAUGGACUACCUGGUGGGGAUCAGUAUCCAAUUAAGCAGUUUUAACCUCACCCGGAUCGUGACUAUGAGUCCAUUUUUUACUCUGGUAAACAAAUCCUCCUUUGAACUGGAAGUGGGUGAGGUGCAGAAUGGCAGUGUCAGCAAGUGGCACUACAUUUCCUCUGCUGAGUGUCUGCCUCUAUGGCCAGAGUCGAGCACAGGAAAGCUUUGUGUCCGGCUUGUGGGCUCUGAAUUUGCCUCCAAAUCCUUCUUUUUCAACAAGCAAGACAAUGGAACUCUUCUUUGCCUGAAACAGUAUGGAGGCAUUAUUGUAGAUGUGAACAUCUCAGAUCACUCCACUGUCAUCAGCUUCACUGAUUAUUAUGAUGGAGCUGCUCCUGCUUUGUUGGUGAACCACACAUCCCAUGCCACCAUAACCUUCAGACAGAGUGGCUGUGAAAUGACUCAGGACCUAAAACCAUGUGAGGUGCAGCGCUUUGUCUGGGAUGACCCUGCAGGUGUGCGUAAGCUGUGUUGGAAAUUUCAGGGCCACAGUGGUGAGCUGGACUUGAUCAAGGAUGAAUGUGGACAGUUUGCAUCUGAUAGCUUGGGUCAGGUACACUGGGUGUCAUUCCUGGAUGGCCGACAGCGUGUCCUGGUUUUUACAGAUGAUGUGGCUGUUGUAACCAAUGCUCGUCAGGCUGAGGAGUUGGAGCAAUUCCAACAAGAAGUCAAUAUCUCUCUACAGAACCUGGGUCUGUCUUUUAUCAAUAAUGACAAGAGACAUGAGAUAACAUAUGUGGGCAUUACCAGUUCUGGUGUGGUUUGGGAAAUGAGACCAAAGAACCGCUGGAAGUCUUUUAACCAUAAGAACAUCAGUGUUUUGGAGAAGGCCUACCAACAUCACAUUAGUGGCAAGACUGAGCCAGGCUGGUUGAAGCUGGAAACAGGGCUUGAGGUUAACUUUGCAAGGAUACCCAUGAUGAUGAGGCAGCCUUUCUCCUGCUUCAUCCGGAGGAACUUCCUUUCUGGAAUUCACAUUGAGCUGAAGCAGUCAACACAUCAGAGAAGCCUGCGAGCUCAGCUUUACUGGCUGCAGGUGGACAACCAGCUCACAGGAGCAAUCUUUCCAACAGUCUUCCACCCAGUUCCUCCACCUAAAUCUAUUGCUCUGGACUCAGAGCCAAAACCCUUUAUCGAUGUAAGCAUCAUCACAAGAUUUAAUGAACACAGUCAAGUAAUGCAGUUUAAGUACUUCAUGGUACUAGUGCAGGAAAUGGCAUUAAAGAUUGAUCAAGGAUUUUUAGAAGCAAUUCUUGCUCUGUUUACUCCCAACAACAACACGCAGUCUGACAAACAGAAGACCAAGCUGAUUGAAAGAGAUCUGAAGUCACUACAGACAGAGCUGAUGGAGAGCUCUAUUACAGACAUUGCAGGCCUCAGCUUCUUUGAGCAGUUUCACAUAUCUCCUGUUAAACUUCAUUUGAGCCUGUCCAUGGGCUCUAAUGGAGAUCAGUCUGAGGAAGGGAACAUGCUGCCUAUUCAGUCAGUCAACCUGCUUCUUAAAAGCAUUGGAGCAACACUUACUGAUGUAGAUGACCUCAUUUUCAAACUUGCCUUCUUUGAAGUGAAGUACCAGUUCUACCGAAGGGAGACUCUGAUGUGGGCUGUCAUUAAGCAUUACACAGAACAGUUUCUAAAGCAGAUGUAUGUUUUGGUGUUGGGACUGGAUGUGUUAGGAAAUCCAUUUGGGCUGAUUAGAGGCCUGUCAGAAGGUGUGGAGGCUUUCUUUUAUGAGCCUUUUCAGGGGGCUGUUCAAGGGCCUGAAGAGUUUGCGGAAGGUGUUGUGAUUGGUGUUCGCAGUUUGCUUGGUCAUACAGUAGGUGGAGCUGCUGGUAUGGUGUCACGUAUUACAGGUUCAGUUGGAAAAGGCCUGGCUGCAAUCACUAUGGAUAAAGAAUACCAGCAGAAACGCAGAGAGGAGAUGAACAGACCCUCUAAAGACUUUGGCGAGAGUCUGGCCAAGGGGGGCAAGGGCUUCCUGAAGGGAGUAGUUGGAGGUGUGACAGGAAUUGUUACCAAACCUGUUGAGGGAGCAAAGAAAGAGGGUGCUGCAGGCUUUUUUAAGGGGAUUGGGAAGGGCCUGGUGGGAGUGGUUGCCAGACCAACAGGGGGUAUUGUGGACAUGGCCAGUAGUACCUUCCAGGGCAUUCAGAGAGUGGCUGAGUCAACAGAGGAUGUGACAAAGCUUCGUCCUGUCCGACUUAUUCAAGAAGAUGGUAUCAUCCGACCAUACAACCAACAAGAGUCACAGGGCUAUGACCUUUUCCAGAGAUCAGAGAUUAAACAACUGGAUGGAGAGUUCUUUAGAGAGCUCUAUGAGUACCCUGGUCAGAAAAAAACCCACAUUAUUGUCACCAAUAGGAGGGUGAUGUGUGUGAAAGAGAUCGACUUGAUUGGUCAUUUCAGUAAAGAAUGGGAGUGUCAUUUUGAGCAUUUUCUCAAGCCUCCAUGUGUGGAAGAAGGAAAUUUAAAGAUUUAUUUCAAGGAGCAAAACAAACUAAAAAUCUUGAAAGAUGAGCAGUUACCAGUGAGAUUACUACACCUAAAACAAGCAGACACGGCUGAGAAACUGCGAAAUGCCAUCCAAAAUGCCCAGGUUGCACAUCAGCAGAAUCAGUUGAUCAGACAAAAAUCUCAGCGUUUCGUCAAAGCAGGAUCAAAAGCUAAGCCAUGAAUGACACAGACUACUGCUAUGUGGUAUACAACACUGUAUCAUAACUGCCCUAAAUGUGCACACAGCUGUUUAUGCUGCUGGUUAGUUUCAUCCAAUCAACAUUUACCCCUAAUAUUAAGUGGGCUCCAAAACAUUUAAACAGUAUCACAUUUUUGUUUUUGGUUUUUUAUUCUUCAUUUUGCACUGCAGUUAAUUUAAUGACCAAAUCAUUACAUGUAUAAAUUAUUGUCCUGCACAUGUGCUAAUGUUCUAAUAUACAAAUGCACUUAUAAUUAUGUAAUUCAAGGAAAACAUUAAAUAAAUUUUUUCAAAGACACAAA